CGUCAUUGUUGCACUAGGUGUCUAGUAGUUAUGAGUACAAAACAUCCAUAGUCACUCCAACUACCCAGGAUUGUGACAACAGUACAGAAAUAUUCAAUAAUGUCCUAACGACAAGCUCUGGGAGUGGUCCGCUUUUAAAUGACCAGUUAAGCGGACAAACUACUAAGUGCCUGAGAGAAAAGUAUGGUUAGUUCUGCUAACGUUCUAAAAAUGACAUUCCAGGAGGCUUUGAAACCGUAUGAAUUUCAAGAAUGGGAAGAUGAAGCUGUAGAUUCGUACUGGAUGAUGUCCAGUCCCUACCCUGUAACUGUCCUCAUGGUAGGCUACCUCACGUUCGUCACGUAUCUCGGACCUCACCUCAUGGCAGAACGCAAGCCCUUCAAUCUAAAGUAUACCAUGAUGGUGUACAAUAUCGCACAAGUCAUAUACAACAUUUGGUUUCUUCAUUUAUAUUUCAGCGAGUCAAAGAUGUUUGGUUACAUGAUGCAAGAAGCUUGCAGUCCGUCCUAUCCUCCUCGGAACCAAGCUCUCAGGCUGUUUUCAUUUAAAGUGACAUGGGUGUGGCUGAUGUCCAAGGUAGCCGAUUUAGUCGAUACGAUGUUUUUUGUGUUGAGGAAGAAGCAAUCACACAUAUCAUUUCUACACUUGUACCAUCACACGCACAUGGUAGUUAUCGUGUGGUUGUAUCUAAAAUAUGUCAGAGGAGAGCAAGGCAUCAUGAUCGGGCUGGUCAACUCAGUUGUGCACAUUAUCAUGUACAGUUAUUACUUCUUAUCAGCUCUGGGGCCCGGCGUUCAGCGAUAUCUCUGGUGGAAACGAUACAUCACCUGGCUACAACUCUUCCAGUUCUUCGUGCUGAUGGUGUUCUUCGUAUCCCUGUUGGCCAUGUGUUCUACACCACCACUUCAGACCGCCUACAAUGUGUACGCCGCUCUACAGGGCGUCAUAUUCACCGUAUUGUUCCUCAACUUUUAUUUCAAAUCAUAUAAGAAAACAUCGAGAAAAAGUUCAAAAGUCACAAAAAGUGUUGAAAAUAGUAGUAAACAUGUAAAAUUAGGCAAAUAGUUUAGGUCUUAUUAAAUAUAGCUUAGUUUACUUUUUUACUUUUUAUACUAAAUACAUGUUAUUACUUUUAAUCUGAUUUAAAAGAAAACGGGUAUUUUGUUUGAUCAUCAAAUGUGGGUUCUGUAAAAUACAUUAUGUCAAUCCACGAAAACUCAUUUAAAUACGUAAUGUCUGCAUUUUUGCUACAAUUAUCUUGAGAUUAAAAAGUAUGAACUCUAUGGCUUACAAAUAGGGGCUAUUUAUCGAUCUUAUUGUAAAUAACAUUAAAAACCCACAUCAAUGUAAUACCACUAGAUGAAACACUAAUAAUAUUCUAUUACUAAAAUCGGCACAACGUUAUGUUGCUUCAUGGGUUUAGAGCAGUUAAAACUGUUAUUUUUCAUUUCAAAACCUGAACCACAAGUAUCUAGGAGGACUAAACUAUAUAUUUGAAGCUAUACAGGGUGUCCCACGAAGAGGUUCAGACGUUUGAUUUGGUAUUACUUGCCCAUUUAUGUACCGAAUAUUUUGAAACUUUUCACAACUUAGUUUUCUGUGAAAAUUUCAGCUCCCUAACCCUUGAAGAAAGAACAUUUUUGGCAUAUUAAAAAAUGA